GACAAGAACACCCUAACAGCCUGAGGCACAAAUACAACUUUAUUGCAGAUGUGGUGGAGAAGAUAGCUCCUGCUGUGGUUCACAUCGAAUUGUUUCGCAAACUUCCUUAUUCAAAGAGGGAGAUUCCUGUUGCCAGUGGUUCAGGGUUCAUUGUCUCAGAAGAUGGACUGAUAGUGACAAACGCCCAUGUGGUCACCAACAAAAACCGGGUGAAGGUGGAGCUGAAGAAUGGGGAAACAUAUGAAGCUAAAAUUAAAGAUGUUGACGAAAAAUCAGACAUUGCACUAAUUAAAAUAGAUACUCAGGGUAAAUUGCCAGUUCUUCUGCUGGGUCAGUCUGCAGACUUGAGGCCAGGAGAAUUUGUGGUGGCGAUUGGAAGUCCAUUUUCCCUUCAAAACACAGUGACCACAGGCAUCGUUAGCACCACUCAGCGUGGAGGGAAGGAGCUGGGGCUCCGCAACUCCGACAUGGACUAUAUCCAGACAGAUGCUAUCAUCAACUAUGGGAACUCUGGAGGACCCUUAGUAAAUCUGGAUGGUGAAGUCAUUGGAAUCAACACAUUAAAAGUUACAGCAGGCAUCUCAUUUGCUAUCCCAUCAGAUAAAAUAAAAAAGUUCCUAACUGAAUCCCAUGACAGACAAGCUAAAGGAAAAGCUGUAACCAAAAAGAAAUACAUUGGCAUACGAAUGAUGUCUCUAACUCCCAGCAAAGCUAGAGAGCUGAAGGAUCGCCAUAAAGACUUCCCUGAUGUUGUCUCUGGGGCCUAUGUUAUUGAAGUAAUUCCAGAAACACCAGCUGAAGCUGGUGGCCUGAAGGACAACGACGUGAUUAUAAGCAUCAAUGGACAGUCGAUAAGUUCAGCCAGUGAUGUCAGUGACAUCAUUAAAAAGGACAGUACGUUGCACAUGGUCGUACGCAGGGGCAACGAAGAUGUGAUGUUAACAGUAGUUCCUGAAGAAAUCGAUCCCUAACCAGAAACAUGAGCUGGAUUUCAUGUUCCCUUUUAACAGCAAUGGACUGCCUAUAUUCUCUCUGUGCUGGUACAGGAACUGUUAGACUUCUGACCAACAUUCUGCUUGUUCAGUGGAUUAGUAUUGGCCAACAGAGUAACUUCUAAUAGGUUAAAGGUGCAAAAUCAGUGUAAUUUCACAUACUCCAGAUGAUAAUUUUUUUCCUUCUGUAUUAUGUAUGCAAUGUAUUCUUUACUGGCUAUUACAUUCCCUGCUUAACAGAUCGACGUUUGCUUCCCAGUGUUGAGUAGAUUUACUGUUAUUUCCGCUAAGACUUAAACAAAACCCACACACACAAUGUGUGUUGUGGCAUUCAGGUAUUUAUAGGUUAGCUGUGUUUUAACUGGAAAUACCAAUGUAAAGGAGUAGUUGACUUAAAAGAAAACACAAUUGGGAAACAAAGUUUGGUUUAUAAACACAAGGAAAUCCCAACCAAAAUAACCUUUCGAGGAUCCCGUGCAGGACUUUAAUACUAUGAUAUUUUCCUAGUGUUAUUAAAAGAAUUCAACAGUA